UAUUAGUAUUUCCCACAGGAAUCCUGUGACCCACAGGUUUCUCGAAAAAAUGUCAGCCCCCACCCUGCAGUUCCUUUUCUGGCAUUGACGAAUAAAGGGACAGUCUAAAAUAUAUCUAAAUGAACUUAACCGCUGACACUUUGUAAAAUCUAUUUGCAUGGCCCAUCAACUAACUGAUUUUCUAAAAUUCAACUAUUUGCUCGUUUCUCUCUAAAGACUUUGUUCCUUUAAUUUAUUCCAUUAGUAUUUGAUGAACUCUGACCUCCUGUUGUUGUUCCCAGAUACAUGACGGAAAAUGUAUUAAUGAAUAUAAAUACAUUACUUACUACCACUACAAUCUAUAGGUUUCUGUUUCUACAUGUAGUUCUAAUUUAGCUAUAAUUGUUCAUUUUGUCAUUUCUAUUUCUCUGAUCAUGAGCUGGACAAAUGAAGGUCUGUUUCAGUGUCACUCUAACAUCCUUACUCCCACUUCACCGAACACAAACCUGAAAGUCAGAUUCUACACUCAUGUAAAAGUAUCAUAACCACUCUGUGACUUGCACGCCCUGCAUUUUUUACACUAAAGUAAUGAGCCACAUAACGUGAAAUACCUGUGUGGGUGCACAGGGCUGUUAAUCCACUCAAAGAAUUCUAUUGAUGAUGUUUCCUCAAUCAUGAAAUUCCAUUUCAGGAUCUCACUAACUCUUGACACUUUGGAUCUCUGACUUCUUGACAAAAACCAAGCAUGGCUUACCUGAUCUGGCUGGCAGUGGUGCUGGCUGUCUCCCUGUUGCUGUUGCUGUUGCUGUGUGCAUUUCUGAACCAAAACAGGUGUGCUGUGAACCAUGACUGGCUUCCUGUGGACCAAAACCCGCCCCCUGUGGAUCAAAACUGGCCCCCUGUGAACCAAAACUGGCUGCCUGUGGACCAAAAUCCGCCCCCUGUGGAUCAAAACAGACAUUCUGUGGACAUAAACCGGCUUACAACAAUUUUAAAUGGCAUCUUGAGAGAGUACAGAACAGAUGGCAUGUUCUGUCUGACUGUAAGGAUCCCAGACAACCAGAACCAGGACCUGGACCAAAUUCUUCAGCAAGUCUUUGACAGUGAUCCUGGUGACAUUGUGAUUAAUACGAUCAACAAUAACCAGGUGUACAUUGGCAACAGGGUGGUUGCAGCCAAAGUUCUGCCACGGGCCAAUGGAGGAGCUGAUCACGCAGAGUCACGUGUUGUGGACUACCUGGACCACUUGUUCAGGCCUAAUGACAAUGAUAAUGACUUGUUGCUUUUCUAUGUUUAUGCUUCCCCAUGUGAUAAAAAAUGUUUAAAUGACACACAUCCUGAGAACAUUCUCCAGAGGAUACAAGUCAUGUGUCAACUUAAGAAUCGUGCGUUUGUGUUUCAAAAACCAUUCAGACCGAGCAAUGGUCAAUUGAUCAGUACUGACCAAGAACGGAUUGACGCCCUGAGAUAACAUAUUCCGAUAUGAUUGGAUGCAGUGCAACAGAUGCUUCAUUGGUGGACAGGUUGCACCUCAUUGUUUUAAGUGAUAGUUAACAGUCUGCAACCGGACCUCCAGGGCAACGGAAAUUCCUAAUGCUUAAAAUGCUCUAAAUCAUUUGUUUUCAUUUAAUAACUUCCAUCUCAGUGUCUGGUCACACCAGAAAGUGGCACCACUGAAUCCAUCAAUCCAUAUCCAAAAUAGGAUAGUGCAUUAAGGUUAAUAAGAUAUCUUCCUCCUUUUAGGCCCCUGUGGUUCUCCAUUUACUUUUUUCUGAUUUGUAAAUUACCCUCAGUAUUUACAGAUCAUGUCACUGUACUCUAUACGUCUGUUAAGCAUUACCAAGUCCUCUGUGUGGUGGCAGAAAAUGUAUCUUAUCUUAUAUUCAUGCUAACAAUUAUAUAUCUACCAGUGUGUGCUUAUUGUAUCCUUCUCUGGCAUUAUACGGUCCACUAGGACAUGCCAAAGUUUGUGUGUGUAAGAACAUCUGGGAAAUUGUUGUGUGUUUUGCCUCUCCCCAUGGGAAGUUGAGCUUUCAAGGGCAAUGUGUGAGGAAGCAGUCUCCCUGCUCUAAAUGUUAUGUUUAUCCUCUGCUCGGGGCCAGAUGUCUGAUACUGCCCUAGGUAGUAGGCAUCUGAACCAACAGAAUCCUUUUUUUGCACUUCCUUGUUUCUUCCUUCCUUAAAUGCCAAAAGACAACAGUUUGUUGUAAUAAAUAUACUAUUUUCAUGAUGUAAUUUUCUUAUCUUUCUGAUUAAAGCUUGGCUCAG